AGUUUUCGGUGAACUGUCUACUUGACAAGGUGUUUUGCUCUCGAUCUCUUUUGGUCAGGUAGCAACACUUUGGCCACACUUCUUUGGUAUUGUUUUCAAUUUCAUGUGAUUUCUAAUCCAAAAAAAAUAUCACGAAAAAUCAAACCGGGGAAAUCCGGACAAGAAGUUGAUUGAUUUGUGUAGCAAAAAUAUCUCUCAUUCUCCAGUCAUUCAACUCUCACUCUAUAUUUAGUUUAAGAGUUUUGUGCUUUGUUUGAUUCACUCAAGAAGUGAUAGAACUUUUAAUUGAAUUGUUUCCAGAAAUUUCGUGUUUUCUUCCCCGAAGAAUUGGAUGGAAGAGAAAACACCAAAGUGGAUUUUAUUUCUUCAGAGACCAUCAAGCUCUGCCAAUUGGAUUGUAAUCUCCCAGAGAUGCCUAUAGCAAAUGGAAUAGAGGAUCUUUUUUUCUAUAAAAUCAUCUCUUUGCCACUUGUGCAAUAAUUGCUAACCCACUUCUUCCUAGAAGAUGAAGAAAAACAUGGAGAAAAUUGUUUUUGGACACACUUUUUGAUGAUACUUUGAAAAGGAAAAAAAGCGACGUUUUCUGGCGCAAAUAUUCCCACAUUAGCGCAAAAAAAAAAGAAGAAAAAUUAGAGAAAACAAUCAACAAAAUUUUUUUUCAAACUCUCAUCAUCAACAUCAAUUUAACUUUAUUCAGAGGACAACAAUAAAAAGCUUGCACCCAAAAAAUAGCGCAAUUUACGAAGUUUUUCCUCAAAGUGAUUCAGGGCAAAUUUUGUUGUUUGCGGAUACUUUUAAAAUCUCUGGGUCAAUCGACAACAUCCAACAUCUUGCAAAGAAGUGUUUUGCACCAGCAAACUGAGAGAAAGACGAGCAUUUGUUGCCCACAAAACGGUUCAGUCUCGUGUCCGGCUCUAAGCGUGAUCUUCCUUCCCCAUAGCUGAGGUCAACACUCACAUUUCUUCUUCAAGCACUCAUCUUCUUUUUUUUUCGGAUGAUCUCGCUCACUCUGGAUAUUCACUUAAUUGGCAACAAAAACAGUCACAAAAUGACGUCAAAGGUACUAAAAGCAGCAUAAAAGUGACCAAAAACACGCGAAAUCUCCAAAAAAUAUGUGAUACAAAAUGCGGCUUUAAUAUCUCUUGCAUUUAAUAUUUCACUGCAUUUAAAAUUGAAAAAAAAAAUCAUCAGAAUAAUGCCACAAUGGGAGCAUGUAAUCACCUUCAGACUCUUCCUCCUUCUUGCUCUCAAUUCCGGCACUCAAUUGAAUGCAAGUAUCAUCAGUAGCGUGUUUGGCCUUCCAACAGAAUGCAUCCAUCAGAAUCAAGUGAUGCCCUGCAAGUUGUCCUUCUCCUGCUGGCUCCAGGGUGGUCGCCAUGCUCAAGGAUGUGGAGAAAAUCGCUGGCUCUUCUCAUGCUGUGUCCCUGACACUCCAGAGCCCAUUGUUGUCGCUCCACCAAAGCCACCAGUUGUGAGACCUCUGAAACCAGCUGCCAGCAAAAUCUAUCCCAAAGUGGCUCUUCUGCGGAGGAGAAUCGACACAGAGGCUCACAAUUAUGAGUGUGGAAUUUCCAGGAGCAGCCAAAAUACUCUGCAGAAGCGCAUUAUUGGCGGAAGAUUGGCACAAUUUGCAGAGUACCCAUGGCAGGCUCACAUUAGAAUUCUCGAAUACCAAUGCGGGGGAGUAUUGUUAUCCCGCAGAUUCAUUGCCACAGCUGCUCAUUGUAUUCAACAAGCUAGAAUCCGGGAUAUCAUCGUCUUCCUGGGAGAGUUAGACACCCAAAAUUCAGGAACUGUGUCUGAACCUCUCCCAGCUGAGAGACACAGAGUCAUCCAGAAAAUCAUCCAUCCACGCUUCCAAUUCCGAAUUACCCAACCCGAUCGAUUUGAUCUAGCGCUACUGAAGCUUUCCCGACCAGCGGGAUACAAGAGUCACAUCUUGCCCAUUUGCUUGCCCGUUGGGCAAUUGGAUCUGACGGGAGUUAAUGGAAUGAUAGCAGGAUGGGGAAAGACAGAAGCCAGCACCGGGACAGGAACUAGUAUUCUCCGGACAGCAUCAGUCCCAAUCAUUAGCCUGACAGAAUGUGUAGCUUGGCAUGAGAGCAAAAAUAUAAAUGUGGAGCUCUACAAUGAGAUGCUAUGUGCUGGACAUUUAGAUGGGAGGAUGGAUGCGUGUCUGGGAGACAGCGGAAGUCCCCUGAUCGUAAAGAUCAAGGAACGGCAUUUCCUGGUAGGCAUUACGAGUGCAGGAUUCGGAUGUGGAGUGGAAAAACAACCAGGAAUCUAUCACAAUGUCAUGAAGACCUCAAAGUGGAUCCAAGAAACAAUUAAGAGAUCGUGAUCGUGAUCUUCAAGCAUAUAGUCUACAUCUUGGCGCUUUUGCUGAAUGUGUGUAUUAUUUCUCGCGGGAUUUCCCGACCGUUGGGAGAUCUAUGACGAAUUUUAUUGACAAUCUUAAAGCAAUAUAUAAUAAUGAAGUGUCCAAUAAAU